UCUUUAAUUCAGGUUUUGUUAAUAAUUAUUUUUAUAUAUUUAAGAGUGUGUUUUUUGACUUUGUUAGAGCGAAAAAUAUUAAGUUAUGCUCAAAAUCGAAAAGGUCCUAAUAAAGUUGGAUUUUUAGGGUUGAUUCAGCCUUUAUUAGACGGUGUUGAAACUAAUCGUAGUCCUUUUGAUUUUGCUGAAGGGGAAAAGAUUGAGGUUCAGAUAGGUUAUUUAAUUCGUUUUAUUCACUCUACUGGGGCUAGUUUAUUAUUUAUACUUAUUUAUAUUCAUAUUGGUCGUAGAUUAUGA